UACUACGAGCAUCCCAAACCAGAGAGGAAUGCCAUAUUAAAUGAAGUUUCCAGACUAAGGGUGGCCAUUGGUACUUCUCUGAAAGCAUCUAGACAAAGAAAGCAAGUGACUGUGGAGUUUAGAGAAGAUGUAUUUAAACAUUUGUUUGGAAAGAAGGGGGUGCAAAAUGGAAGGUGGAAAGUCUUGGCACAAGAAGAAUUUUCUCCAUCAUUUUUUCCUCCUAACUGGCAUUGUUUGCUUGACCUUCAUGGGCAAGGAACAAAAGUUUUAUUCCCCAUAAAGAUGAGACACUUUCUUUCAUGGUCAACCCAGAACUAUCAUUUAAGAGAAGGUAUAGUUACUAAAUCAACUAGAGCUUUUCUAGAAAAGUUAACAGUGGAUUUUAUUAAAGUUGCUGCAUAG